UGUGUUACUACCAGCAUCGCCAAUCGCACAGUUAGAUGAAUGUGUUUCGUAGUAGGCUUAGUACGGCAUUGUUGGGAACAUUUCCAUUUCACAUCUCCCAGCGUUCGGUCGUACAUUGGCGAAACCUUGUCACAUUCGGAACAGCGUCAAUCCAUUAGAGAUUUUUUUUUCGUCUCCAACGAAUUCCACUUGAAAAAAAAGGACUUUUCCAAAUUUUUACCAUCCGUCAUCAUGAAACAAAAUUCCACAAAACCCACAACGACAGCGACGCCAUCGAAGGCGGGAAAUCGACCAUCGAUGCAACAUGGACAACACCAUCACCAGCAGACGUCCGUGCAUCCACAGCAGUUGCAGCAGCCUGUGGCAGUAACGUAUCAUCAGCAGCAACAUCCGUACCAGGCACCAUCCCAACAGCAGCCUCAUCAUUCGCAUCUUCAGCAACAACACCAGACAGGGUGCAUAGUGCUGCCAUCCGCAGCAGUGCACCAACAACCGCAACACACUUUCUUGUCCCAACCGUCCGGGCAGCAGGUUCCCUUGGCUCCCAUGUACGUGGGCGGUACGGUCAUGGGUCAGCAAACAGCUCAACAAGCCGUACCGAGCGGCUUUUCGACUUCGGCCCAACAACCACCGGUGAGCUAUCUGCAAACUGUCCAACACCACCAGCCAGCGAUGUCGCAGGUACAGCAGCGGCCAGACUAUCAGCCAACCGUGGCCGACUUUGUGGCUGCUAGUGCUGCACCUGGUGGGGUUUCCGGUGCGCAUCAACCGUACAAACAGCAGGCACAUCGACAACAGGCACAGCCAAUGCAAUCGUAUCAAGAAGCGCCUACCAGCUCGUACCCGAUGCACAUGCAGUCGUCCCUGCACCCGGAAGGACCGACGACGGAAGCUCAGUAUUUCUUCGACGCAAACUGCACGAUGCCAGUCGUACAACAGCAAACGCCGCCGACACAAACCGGAUGCAGGAACCCAACGUGUACGAGCUGUAAAUCCUUUAAGCGCAACUAACACACGGUGAGGCUGAUCCAAAAAAGCCCACCCCACCACAGGCUCUGCCGCUGUAAGCUGAAUUGGAAAAAAUAGGCAUCGGAGAAUAAAAUUGUACUUCCAACGGC